AUGUCCUCCGAGAAUGAAAUGAACAACGACAAUAGCAACACCAAUCCGAAUGGGGAUCAGGGAGAUUUAAUUAACCUUGGUGUUUCAUCAUCGGAUGGGGUUCAUAAUGAUGAAAAUUGGGUAGUCAAUGAAUUGGAUCGAAUUGAGGGUCUAGAUCCGACGGAUUACAAACACUUUAAGAAGAAAGGACUUGAAUUAGAAGCUUAUUUGCUCAAGAUGAUGGAACGAGAGACCAACGUCAUUGAGAACGGAAAACAAUUGAACAAGGAAUUUUUGGAGGAAAAGAGAAAAUUGAAAGAGCUUGAAAAAGUCAAACAAGAAAAUUCUCAGUACAUUACGGAUCUCAAAAAAGAUUUAAUGAAGGCAGAAAAUCAAACAGCGCUCAUGAACGAAUCAGAGGCUGUCACUCAGACCUCUGUCAUUGAGCUGGAGAGGAAAAUUUCGAUAUUAGAAGAACAAAAAAAAGAUCUCAUUGAGCAACAAAAUGCCAAGGAGAGACCCAUCAUUGAAAAUUUGAAAAAUAACAUCCGACAAUUAAAACAAGGAAUUAAAGAAAUUGAAGAGCGGAAAAAGAAGGAAGAAGAAAAGAAACAAAAAUUAGAAAAUGACAUUUCAGCUGUAAAUCAAGAUUUGGAAGAAGUGUUGAAAACCCAGGCUCGGGAUUUAGAAAAAACUCUGCAACGAUUGAGAGAAGAACCCGAACGAGAACGACGACAGACUGAGAUUGUCAGAAAAGCAAGCAAAGCUUCCUAUGAAGAAGUUAAAACUCUCUCCGAAAAAUUGGAGCAACUUGAAAGAGAGGUCAACGAAAUUGAGACGAAGAAAAUAGAUUUUGAACAAAUUCACUACAACAUGUUCAUGCUCGAGGAUAGUGCAAAAAUCAAUGCAACCAAGCUUCAGGAAGACAUUGACAGAAUGAGACAAACUCUACUUAUCGAAAAAGAUAAAGGAAAGGAAGAAAUGUUGGAACGGGUGAGACUAAAUUUAUUGUUGAAGACGACCGCUGAAGAGGAAAAUUCAGAAGUCAAACACAAACAAUCUCUUGAAAAUGAAGAAAAUAUAUGUAGUAGAGACGCGUACAAUAUCCAGCUUCAUCUUGAACACAUCAAAUCCACGAUUGAUAAAUUAGCAAAAACAAUAGAGGAGUUGACAGUCGAAAAGGCAGCUCUUCAAAAUGAAUUGGAGGUCACAAAAGAAAAGAAAAUUGAAAUUGAACGAGAUGUUGACUUGUUAAUUCAUGAACUGCUCACAGGAGAGGCUGAAUACAUGUUUUUAACGGAAAAGUUGAAAAAUCGAAAAACAGAAACAGAUGAGCUGGAAAACAAAAUUACAAUCGUUGAUGGACAAGAGGGAGAAAUGAACAAGAUCAUCUCCAAUUUGGAAGGGUUGCGAGAAAGGAAAGCAAGAGAAGCUGCCAAGAAAAAACGAGAUUUCAUGGAUGCAGUGGGAGAAAUUAAAAUUCUGCAUUUCAGCAAUGGAGAACUUUUUAAGUCGCUCAAUGAACUUGAGAACAAGUACAUUGCUUUGCAACAAUCAUAUUCUCUGAUGGAGAGAGAGAGAAACAAAUAUGCCAAAGCUAUUCAAGAUAGUGCUCAGUCUCAUGCAGAAAUUAGAGAGAAAAACAAGAUUCUUGAAAAUGAGUUGGAGGUCCUGACAAAGCAAAAUCAAACCAAAUCAGAAGAGCUAAAGCAGGUAAAACGAAAAGUUGAGGACGAGGUGACAACCAAAGCAAGCAUGCUGAGUGAGUUCAGUAAAAAGAGACUCCUCUACAAGCAAAAGGAAGAACAGAACCUUGAAUUAAUCAUGGAAAUUGAUAAGCUCAAUGCUGACAUCAACUUGGCAGAAGAAAUGAUGAUGAUGCUCAAGAAAAAGUAUGAAAGCGGAGUGCAAGAUAGAAACUAUACUGGCAUUCAGCUGAUAGACAGAAAUGACGAGUUGUGUAUCUUGUAUGAAAAAGCUAAUGCACAAGAGAAAAUUAUCAAGGAAGGUGAAAUUGAAAUGAGAGAGCGAGACGAGGAGAUCAAAGCUCUUAAACUUGAUUUGGAAGAAGAAAAGCGAAGAUUAGAGGUUCUAUUUAAAAAACUUCCAGAAUAUGAAUCGUUUUUAAAGAUGGAAGAAGAAUUAAAGGAAGAAAUUGAAAAACUAAAUGCUCAGGCCUCCAAAUUAUCCGAAGAAUUGGAAAGGCCUGAAAACUUGGAGAGAUGGCGAAAGCUUCCAGGUGACAUUCCCAAUGAAGAAGAACUCAAAGAUAAAAUUCAAGAAUUGGAAGAAAAGCUUAAUGAAAGAAGAGAACAACUCAUGGAAAAGAAUCUCGUUCUGAAAGGGAUAACAAAAAGUUCGGACAAACUUCGAAAAUUGGCAAUUAAGGGAAGAGAUGAAUCGUUUGAUUUGGCUGUCAACUUGAAUUUCAUUCAAAAGAAAAUUGAGCAAACGACCAACAAGAUGAAAGCGACCGUGUCUGAGCUCUCCAUUUAUGGCACAGAAGCCAUGCGACUCGAGAAGCAGAAUGAAGAACUCAAGAGCAUGAUUGACGAAGCACGUUCAAGAAUGGAUCGUGGUGAACCUCCCUCAGAAGCGAUUGAACAAGAAUGGGCACACGAGGAAGAAGUCAAACAACGAUGGAAAGAACAAAUGGCAGAACGAAAACGAAGACUUGAAUACGAAGCUAGUUUACCCUCCACCAUUACAAGAACCACUGCUGUCAAGCGACCGAAUGCCUACAUUCCUGACGAUGAUUUGGGCAUUCCAAAACCUUACUUCAUGCCACCUGUAUUAUAUUCUGCACCUUCAGCCACGAUGAGACACAUUCGAAAACCAAAGGCUAAGGACAUUAUUAUUUAA